UAGACAGAGGCAGAAGGAGGGAGACAGAGUGUGAGAGAGGCGGCAGAGCAGGACAAAUGAACACAGAGGGGUUCUCCCAGCAUCGGUAUGCCUGCCUUUAACAUUUCAACACCAGACGAAGUUGCUGCUCUUAAGGCGGGAAAUAAAUCUACGGGUGUGUUUUACUCCACCUCUGUGAAGACUGGUUUUUGAUGUCUGUAACACUACACUCUGCUGACUUUGUAUCAGCGUAAAGUAUUCUGCUGGGAUCUUACAGUGGAGGACCAAAGAGAAGCUGACGCUCAAAUAAGUGCAGAUGGAAGCCUGGUGAAAGAAGAGGACAAGAAGAGCCAGAAAAGUGGGAAAGUGGUUUGAAGGACAGAAUAAGAAGCAGAUUAUGCUUAAUCAUUCCCACAAUAUGCAGUUCUUUAAACAAUGACUUUUCCCUGGAGGCUUUAUCAAUGACCUGAUGGACUACAAAUUGAGCUACAGUCUGAGAUUUCUGGAUUUGCAUCUGACAUUAUUUUGAUUGAGGACAUCAAAAUAUUCAUAAGAGUCACAUUCCUGGCAGUUUUCUUCCUCUGUGCCUUUACCUGGGAACCUCCAGACGAAGAUUUUUACCUUAUUUGUACUGUAACCGUGCCAGCUCUGAGGACAACACCAGGGAACUUUCUGACACCUUUAUCUGCCCUUUCAAUCCUUCCUGUGUUUGAAAUGGGGCAUAAGGGUCUUUGUUUGGACUGAAACCAAACUGCUGAUAAAUACAGCCGGGCUACCAGGCAUAAUAGUGGCUUUUUGGAUUUAUUGUUCCCUUUAAGGGCCCCCUUAUGUGUUUUACUGCCUGAGAUCAUGAAUUCCUCCCUGGAUUCCCUGAACCAAAGCUCGCUGGACUCAAAUUUAUCCGCUCCCUUCUGCUUACUUGAAAUUGGCUAUUCCCAAAUUUUUAGCACAUGCCUUCUUGAGGUAUCUGUCAUCCUCCUCCUCACUAUCCUUAUUAUCUGUGGCAACUUGGUGGUGAUAUUUGUGUUUCACUGUGCCCCUUUGCUCAGCCAGCACACCACCAGUGCUUUUAUCCAGACUAUGGCAUAUGCAGAUCUUUUAGUGGGAGUCAGCUGCCUCUUCCCCUCCCUGUCUCUGCUUCACCAUCUGCAGGGAUUGGAUCCCAAACUGACCUGCCAGGUGUUUGGGUACAUGGUUUCAGUUUUGAAAUCCGUUUCAAUGGUGUCCCUCGCAUGCGUGAGCGUAGACCGCUACAUCGCCAUCACACGGCCUCUGACUUAUUCAUCUCUGGUCACUCCUUGUCGAGUGCGCUGCUGCAUCGCUCUGAUAUGGUUCUACUCUGCUUUGGUGUUCCUCCCAUCUUUUCUUGGGUGGGGGAAGCCUGGCUAUCAUGGAGACGUGGUCGAGUGGUGUGCGGUCGAGUGGAGGACUAGUCCGGCUUUCACAACCUUCAUCGUUGCUCUGCUCUACGCUCCAGCUGCUCUCACAAUCUGCUUUACAUACGCCAACAUCUUUAAGAUCUGCAGACAGCACACUCGGGAGAUCAGCGAGCGCCAUGCUCGCUACAGACCACAACAACAGCAGGGUCCUGGACUGACUGGUGGAGCAGUCAUGAAAGAUUGCACCACGGAGCAAGAGCAGCUUCCCCAAUUGUCCCAAUCGCAGAAGACCCAGCACCACCAGCCACAGUAUCAGCAGUCUACUUACCCUGACAAGCGAUACGCUAUGGUAUUGUUUCGCAUAACUAGUGUGUUCUACAUCCUCUGGUUGCCCUACAUCCUGUACUUCCUGUUGGAAAGCGGAGGAAUAUACCACCACCCUGCAGCCUCGUUUCUUACGACAUGGUUGGCUAUCAGCAACAGCUUCUGCAACUGUCUCAUCUACAGCCUUUCCAACUCAGCAUUUAGAAAGGGCCUGAAACGCCUCUGCUCCUUCUGCCUGCGGCGCGGAGGUGAUGGCUUCGGAGUUGGGAAAACCAAAAAGGCGUUUGUUGGCUCGGUCGAAAAGGGAUGCACAAAGCAGUGGUAUGGAUAUGACAAUGGAGACAUCAGAGUUGGCACAACAUGUCAUGUGUAGUUCAAAUGGAGAGAAAAACACAGAUGCUAAAAUGUUAUUGGAGCUAAAAUGAAGUUUCGGCUCUUCAAAUCUUUUAAAAUCUGCUUUUAAGAGAUGAAAGAAGGUAUCCUUCUGAUUGUGCUUUUUCUGACUCUCCCUUGACAAGCCAGCAAAGGCAGAGAAUAAAAAUGAAAAGCAUUGUUAUUUGAAAAGAAAAAGAGUCCAUAUUAGCCUUUCAAGGUGUUUCGUUUUUAUGAUGUGAACACAAGUUCAUAUGGACAGGAGGCUGACAGAUGGAGUGUUCUGGUAUGAACAAGAAGAAGGUCUCUAUGUCCUCUCAGUGGGAGUAAAUUCUUUAAAUGUUGGACAUAAUGUUUAUCUGCUGAUGCUGUUUUUGGAACUGAAUGCUUGAUUUUGUCCAAACAACCAAAUGAUGAUAGAAGCAGAAAGUUCUCAUGAAAAGUUUUACGAGCUUUGUUUGGAGCAACGUGAUAUUCGCUGUGAACACAAUUUGCCGUAUUCCACUUGAAAGAGAAAAAAAAGAUGUCAGUCCAAUCAGUUCAAGGAGCUGAUGUGAUUUAAUGAGACUGUCUGUAAAGAGCAAGCAGAGUCAAAUGGAUCUUUAAAUAAAUGUUAUUUAUUGAUGUUGUUAAAAUGUCUGUUGAAAAUGUGGGUUUGCACUGUGUACCUGUUAUUUGUUAAAAGGACCUAGCUUUGGUGUACGACUGCUCAACUGCCAAAAAUCAAAUGUAGGGUUCAGUAGUAUUGAUGCUAAAAGAGUCACAAUCAAAAAUAUAAGUCAUUAAUAAAAUAAAAUCAUUCUUUAAUUAGUUAUUUGACAUUUCAAUUGAUGAUAUUGUCAAAAUCUCUAAAUAGUAUUCCAAUAUUUGUGUAAUUCUUUUAGGUUUUAUGCUACAGUCCACAAUGUUAAAAUCAAACAGUGAAAUAGUUCUAAAACUAAAUAAUACAAUGUUUUCAUUAAAUAAUCAAUUACUGAAGAAAAUUCUAAUUCUAAAUAUUUCAUUAUUUAUUCAUUUAUUUAUUCAAUUUUUAACCCUUAAAGACAUAAGUGGUGGCUAAUUCUGAAACAUAGUGAUUGGUCAGUAGUUUGUUGUCCAUUAAUCCAAUCCAAUGUUCUUAAUGAUCUCCACUAACUAUUUUAUGACUGACUAUAUCACAGUCACUAUGAUUUUUUUAUUUUAUAUGUAAGUAUUACAUACUUACAUAUAAAAUUUAUUUAAAUUUACAAUUUUCAUAUCAAAUGAAAAUUGUAAUUAAUAUAUUUGUUACAUGUGUUUAUUUUAGCAGUUAGUUUCCAGUUUAAUUAAGCAUGCAUCUGUGUUUAAUUACUUAUUUAUUUGAUUGUGGCACUUCUCCCAUGAAAUUAGCAUUUUUUACCAGUUCUGUUGCACCUUAAUUUGCUUAUGCAUUAUAAUAUGUUUGCAAAACAAAGAAAACAUAUUUUUUACCAUAUCCUCUUUGCAAAUUGUUUGGGGGUUAAACUUACCGAUUUCUUUUAUUCAGAGAUAUAGCAGGGUUCCAACACUGACUGUAAAAAAGUAUUUUGUAGGUCUGAACAGAAAAAGACAAAUGCAUUAAGAAUAAGGCUAUAUUUUCUAUCAAGUUACAUCUAUAUGUUCUUACAAUCUGUGGUUUACUUUAAGUUUUGUAUUUAAAGCCUAUCCUCAAUUAAAUAUUUGCAGUUAAUUCAAAAACCAAAUUUGAAUGCUACAUUUUUUGUUUUUAAAUUAGCAUGUAUCUACUUUUAGAUACAUGUACCAUAUUUGAUAAGGAAGAGAGCAAACAUCUCAAGAAAAUAUGGACCUAUAUGAUGCAAAACCACUCGAAGAUUUGUGUGAGACUUGAAGAUUUGUGUGCAUGUUAGUACUGUCUUUUCUGUACAUUAGUAUAAAGAAAUUGCAGGAAAAAAAAAACAUUUAAAUGAGCUUAAUUGUUCAUUUCCACUUGUCAAGUUAUGUGUUUUGAGCUUUCAAGACUCUUGUUCGUUAAAGUAAACAUUCCUUAGCUUUAUAUCUCGUCUGCAGUAAUGUGCCAAAGAAGGUCCAAUUUUGUCCCUAAGUGUAAUAUCUACAAUAUGAGUGAUUUUACACAAAAAUGUUAUCCACUGUCUACUGCACUGUGUUGCGUCAGUGAUGCCUUGUGUGCAUGUCUGAGACUGUUUCCGAGCAUAUUGUGAUAUAAAGUUGCCUUUAUUUAAAAACUAGAAACAAUAAGUCAACUGUUGGGGAAAAGUGGUUUUCUUUAACAUUAAGUGAGGGCUAAAAUAAAAGGCAUGAGACUGUUUUUAAAUGAUUCCGCUCCAGAGGCAAACUUUAGUUUUACUCCUUUGGUAGUUAAAGAAGUUAAAGUGUUAAUGUUGCUUCAGGUAUUCAAAGCAGUUGUCACUUUUUUUUUUUUAUUUGCUUCAACUUCAGAAAAAAAAAAUCAUGUAGAUGAACCCAUCAAACUGUUUAUUUUCUGUCUUGAACUCGUGUUUCUGUGUGAUUGAAGCACAAUGGAGACAACGAAUGUGUGCAGAUAGGCACUGACUCGACCAUUGGCUAGACUCUGACUGUUUAAUGUUUUUUGGUUUCUAUUGGUCUCAUUUGUUGCACCUGUUAGAUGUCUGAAAUAAUUAGUGGUUUUAUUUGUAAAGCAUUCCAAAAAUAGUACACCUGUACCAGUUUGUAUCAUCUUCUGUGCUACUAUCUUAGUUUUUUCCAGAAAAUAUCAGAUUGAAUGUUUAUCAGAGAACAUUUGUAUAGUUGAUUUUUUUUUUAUUACCAAGCUCAGUUUGUUCUCAGAAGUAAAAAACUUUGUGCCGCCUACAUAAACAACUAGUUUUGUCUUAUGUUUUUUCCUAUUGAAGUGUAGGUUUUGUGGUGUUUCUGCUUCAAACGUAGUCAUUUUGUACCAUUUUAGUUUGGAAAGAUUUGGUACAAUAGCCGCUUAUUUUACAGUCUCUUUAAAACAAUAGAUGUUUGAAGACAAUCCAUGAUGCCUAAAUGUGCUCUCCGUUGGUCACAUACACUCAUUACCUUCUUCCUGUGGGGAAAACAAUCAACCUACAUGUUCUCACGGGAAUGGCAUUGGUGGCUGGGAGGAAAUUUCCAUGCCCUCAAAAAUUAAGCAUAUUUAGAGCUUGGAGAGCUCAUGAUGCAAAAAAGUAGUAAGAACAAUAACCAUAUGAUUGAACCAAGUCAUUUUUUAAACAAAUUUUAUACUUCUGCAUUAUAAUCAAACCAAUUCAAACAGGACUGACUUGCAUAAACAAUGUCUCUGUUGUAUUUCCAGAAUACUUAGGUUAAUUAAAUUAUUUUGUUUUUAAUUGUAACUAAAAAUGCUGGAGGUGGUUGCACCUUAUCCAGCAGAAUUGCACUUGCUGCAUUUUUUUUUUUACCUCUUCUGGCAUAUUCCAGAGUUGGCAAACCGUUUUAAGUGGAUUAGCAGUACUUGGACUGAGACGACCUAAACUUUUUAUCUGUUGUGGAAAUGAGUCCAAAUGGAGCAGCUUGGGUCAACAACUCCAAGUAAUAUUAAAGUUUAAAUCUGCAGAAUUUUUUUCAGGUAUUGAAUGGUCUUUUUGUGUAUUUCUGCAGAACUAAACCAUUGUUGUCUAAAGAGCCACACAAUAAUCUCGAAUUCAAACUUAUAAAAAGAUAAACGGUUAAAAUAUACAAAUAACUAUUUCUCAACAGACAAGAACAGACUGCCGAUUUAACAUUCCAGACAGGAGAUUCACCUUGUUGAUUUUUUUUCUGCCUUUAGGAAAUUCUGUGUACAAUGAGACCUUGUGAGUUUGAGACUUCAAAAUCACCUUGUUAAACACAGACAAAACAUGGCAUAUUUCAAACACAAGGGGUGUUCAAUUUGUUAUUACGUUUUUGGAGAGAUAUCUGCUUUUAUCUAGACUGUGAAUGUUGGGUUAAUAUUUAAAAGUCAAAACAUGUUUAUUUAUGCUGUUGAUGAAUGUGAGUGAGACUUCUGAUUACGUGACGCCCUGUAUGUGAUAUGGUUUUGUAAAUAAUAGACGUUGUUUGUCUGUGCUAAACAAAUAAAUAUGAUUUUAUCGAA